AUGUACCCGUGGUAUCGGACGACUGACACGUCUACAGCCGCGGCGGCAAUGCAAGCAUCGACGGCUGCCGCACUUGGACAAUUUUGCUCGCCAAUGGCCACAACAAUUAAAACUGAAACUGGUUACGCUGAUUGUAUGUUAGCGAUCGAUUACGCAACGGGUCAAAAUAAGAAAUCAUUUGUGGGCUGGGAUUCUCAGCAAACAUCUAGUCCGGGACCAACACAACAGUGUUCUCAACAAAAUACAGAUUGUACGCUCGCAUCUCCAGGCAGUGUUCAGUGUUUAGGUCCAGGUGUUAAUAACACAUCUGGUACAACAAGCUCUUCAGGUGGAAAUCAGGCAAGUCUCGCACACUGGAUGUCCGUCAUGGCAGAACACAUGGGCCAUCAUGUUUCGGAUCCAACAGCCGCUGUUGGAGUCCAUUACAUGGCGGCAUGGAGUUCAAAUCAAGAUUGUGGUCAACAUGCAAAAGACGAAUAUACAAAUUGGUCAACACGGAAUCAUAUGAUUAAACAGGGCUACGAGGCUAAAAUGUCAACAGAUCAUCAUUUACAGAAAGGCUCAACAAUCGAUGAUAUCUCAAAUCAUCAUCAUAGUGCAAACACAACAAGUCUUACAAAUUAUACUCACACCAAUCAUAAUCAUUUAAGCUCAAAUCGAUCAAACAGUUCCAGUUCCAGUCCAAUAUCAUCACAACAGAAUAUUGGUGGUGGUGCAGGCGGAGGUCCCAAUUCUGGACCAGGACAUGGUGGACAACAGAACACGACUGGUGGUGGUGGCGGUGGUGGGGGUACUGGUGGCGGGGGCGGUGGAGGUGGUGGAAGCGGAGGUGGUACAACAAUUGGAGGUGCACAAUCAACAAACAUGCAUCAGAGUGGUGUCAAUUUUAUUGGUCCUAGUUCCUCAGCAUUAUUAGUUGUACCACAACCAAUAAAUGCUAGUAAAAUGGGUGGUGGUCCUGGUAGCGGUCACAGUGGUGUACUAGGACAAACACCUGGUAGUGGGGGUGUUCAAAGAAAAUAUCAAUGUAAAAUGUGUCCACAGGUGAGUUGA